UGGCGAUGAAUUGAGAGGUGAUGAAUUGACACUGUUACCCUAGGUAUUUAAGCCUGCCGUCCACUGUCAAGAUUCAGUGGUGACGCCUACCAGCUUCGGGAUCAGUGGGUUUAGCUUUCGUUACUUCUUCAGUGCGUUCCGGAUCUCUGCCAAGACUUCCCACAAUGAAUGAGAAAAGCUCAGUAUCUAUCAGUGACGCGGCAUCAAUGAACUCACCCGGGUGCCUGGACACGAAAGGACGACGUUUCUCCUGUCCUGCCGUCAACGUCGUUGAUAAUGCCAUUGUCAUCAAGCGACCACCGUUCACGCAAACAGCGUUCGACGAUAUCCACGCCAAGACCGAGUUCGAAUCCAAGAGCAUAUCCGAACGCGUGAAGAAACAGGCGUAUUGCUCAAAGAAGCGACUAUGGAAGCUGGUGAGCGGUUAUCUCCCAAUCCUCAAGGUCCUACGGUACUACAACAUUAAAGAAAACAUUCUGAUUGACAUCCUGGCAGGUUUAACAAUUGGGGUACUACAUAUCCCCCAAGCACUGGCGUUCGGCCAGCUGACGUCUGUGAAGAUCGAGAACGGCUUGUAUACAUCUUUAUGGCCUGUUAUCAUCUACGUAUUUUUCGGAACAUCUGCCCACGUUUCCAUCGGGACCAGUGCUGUGAUAUGUAUAUUGACUGCUAGUGUUGUGGACCGUCAAGGCGAGGCCUUUGUCGCCGCUAAUCCGGAUAUUCUGAACUUUACAUUGAACGGUACUCAAGUGCCUCUUAAUGAAAUCCCAGCAUACUUAGAUUACAAGGAAGGGGUAGCCAUGGCUGUGACUUUCGUUUCGGGGUUAAUGAUGAUCUUCAUGGGCGUCUUCAAGCUCGGGUUCAUCACCGCCUACCUAUCCGAGUCCUUCUUCUGCGCGUUCACAUCAGGAGCUGCCAUCCACAUUGCCACAAGCCAGGUUCCAGCUAUGCUUGGUUUGGACAUCACGAAACACGGCGGUCUGUUCAAGUUCAUCAAUAACUACAUUGAAAUCUUCUCCCACAUCACCGAGGUCAACGUUGCUGCCAUCGUCUGUGCCGUCAUCACUUGUCUCAUCAUCGUGCUGGUCAAGGACUGCAUUAACGAGAGAUUCAAGCAUAAGCUCUUCAUGCCAAUCCCUAUCGAGCUUUUCGUCGUCGUGUUCGGAUGCAUCGUUGGCUACUUUGGUGACCUAAACACAAACUUCGGAAUUGCAAUCGUCGGAAGCAUCCCUAACUCCAUUCCCCCACCUGUCAUUCCACCACUGGCAGAAGCCCCCGAUUUCUUGGCCGACUGCUUCAUCAUCGCCAUCCUCAUCUUCGCCAACACCAUCGCAAUGGCUAAGAUCUGCGCCAAGAAACACAACUACGAGGUUGACGACAGUCAAGAACUCAUCGCCUACGGCAUGUGCAACUUUGUCAGCUCUUUCUUCAAGUGCUUUCCCUCAAGCGUGGCGCCCCCACGAUCCAUGGUUUCAAGCGGCAUGAACACCAAGACGGUCGUCAACGGCAUAUUUACAUCCGGUCUGAUGGUCCUCGUCAUCAUGGUCAUCAGCUUCGUCUUCGAGGUUCUCCCCAAGUCAAUCCUCGCAGCCAUCAUCUUCAUUGCUCUCAAAGGACUCUUCAUCCAGAUUCUCGACGGACGCAAAUUCUGGCGUGUCAACAAAUUCGACUUCGUCAUUUGGUUCAGCACCUUCACCAGCGCCGUGUUCCUCGACAUCGACUACGGUCUCUUCAUCGGCGUGGGUGUGUCCCUCAUCACUGUUGUGUUCCAGACUCAGUUUGCCCGCGGAUACAGACUCGGCAGAACCACGAAAGACAGUACCCUUGUGGAGCACAAGAAAUAUCAGGAUUCCGUCGAGAUCCCUGGCGUCAAGAUCUUCCGCUUCCAAUCUUCUCUUUUCUACGCCAACGCCGAGAUCUUCCGAUCCAACCUCUACAAAUGCACUGUGAACCCCAGAAAACUACUGAAGAUGAUAAAGAAAUACGAAAAGAAAAUGGGCAAAUCUGGGAAGAGUGUGAUGCUGCUAAGCGAAGAAAAAAGAAGCUCCGUUGUGAAGACAUCAGUGCCAUCAACAAACACGACUGGAAACACGAAUCUAAGCACGUCUGAUAGCAACCUCAUUGGGCGUAUGAACAGCACAGAGUCAACAAAAAGUGACAGCACCAAACGCAACUCCGUCACCAGUAUCAACAACCCAGCGUUCACAAUGACUGACGAAGCACAAAAUAACAGCUAUACGCUCAAACAGAAUGGCUUCAAAGCCGACGGCAGCAUGAAACGCCACGGAAGCAUUGAUUCCACCUUCUCCACCGUCACCAUCACCACAAUCAACUCCGAGGACGAAGAAGUUGACCCCGAGGACGGCGGCAUCCUUGUGACGGAUGAGAAACUAAGAACCAUGAGACGCACGCACCACGUCAUCAUCGAUUGCAGCGUCAUCAACUACUUGGAUGCCUCCGGCGCCAGUGUCCUUAGUCACAUCUUCACUGAGUACGACCACGUCAACAUCAAACUGUUCCUGUGCGGUUGUUCUUAUGAUAUGCGGGAAGCUAUGAAACAUGCUGGUGUUUUCAAUAAGAUUCCACACGAAAAUAUUUUCUUGGAUCUUUACGAUGCCCUUGCCGUUGCUAAGAUACAACGGGCCAUUCCGAUGCUGUUGGACGUGACAGAUUAUUCCGAUGACGAGGCUGCUGAAGAUUCCUACAUCACAAAGCUAUAACCUUGGAAACUGAGUCGUCAUCGAGAAUCUCAUAAGCACUACAAAUGCAGUUCAUGUAGAGACAAGCUCUCGGCUGAGCCGAGCGAGGCUGAUCAUGAUGUACUUCAACGAAUACUUGUCAUUAACCUUCAUUUGUAAGCCUGAUUACUAACCAUACAUUUCGUGAGCUAUUUGUUUGCGAAAUCACAUCUCGUUAGGAAUAUAUAAAACAGGGAUACUGUGCUUUGUCGUUCUGUUACCAAACUAUGAGCCACAGGAUAUUGAAUUCUACUUAAAUUCAUAUUGAUUUGUAAUAAUGUUAAAUGCAAUAGAGCGAAGACAAUAUCAAACACUGUUCGUAUGACAACAAAUUCUAGCAAUCAUUCGCAACCUGGACAUUCACUUGUCCCAAUCAAAAGUUGAGUCGUGUAAGACUUUCAUUCUUGUAACUGUUCUGGUUUUAGACUUUAGAUGACGUCACUAGACAUCGGAUGAUUUGAUUGGUUCAUCACACUCCUUAAGAUGUUGCUUUGUAUAUAUGCUAUAUAUGUGCGCUCGUGUUGCAUUCUCCCGUCUUUGAUUAUAUUGAUACUACGCAGAACACUGACAAAAUUGGUCAGAAGUUUGGGACAAAAACUUACAAAAUAUGACCCAUGUGUACAUAUGUAUAUGUGAAAUAAGUAUAUUUUAAGACGAGAUUAACUGUAAAAAAUGUUAAUUUAAAUAGUUUCUAAAUAGUAUCACAGAAAAUGGAAAUUUAUGUUGAUACGUUGUUGUGUUUGACCACUGGUGCCAGGGGAAAGAUAUAUUGGAUCUGUUUGACGAUGUGAGUUGUUGUCAGGGAAGAUUAAACUAAUUUAUAUUA